GCACCUUCCGUUACUUCAGCCAAUGCACAGACCGACUGACCGAGGUCCUCAAGGCUCACAGUGUCUUUUCGGUGCCGUCAUCUUCCCCAGAUCGUCGCCAACUGGAUACCCAUCAUCCAUCCAUCAUCCAUGGACAAUCCAUCAACACCACCCACUCGCCCAUCGUCAUCCUCAAUUACCACGCCACCAACAACGACCAACACCACUAUCACUGCGACCUCACUGCUGAUCUGGCCCACCAUUGCAAAUCACCAACUGAUUCAGUUGCG